AUGCCCCCACCACGGUCGUCAGGAGGCGGAUACUUCCAAGUGCAGGGCUGCCCCAGCGAUGCCCUCGCGCUCUCCAACUGCCUCAUCGUACACCCAUCUGACUUCCCGCGCGGAACGCAUGUCCUCGUAAAGGACGCGUACGCACUUACCGUGAAGCAUGACGACACGGGCAAGCUUCCCCCAGGCUGUAUCGGCGCGUCCGCCAUGCAGCGCCAAUGGAUCGGUCUCUCGCUUGCGGGCGACAGCGUCCCCGUGCAGCCCCUCCCUGCUCCGCCUCAUCCAUCCUCGCCGUCAUACCUUCAGUCCCUUGACAUUGAAAUUGGCUUCCUUCGUCGUGGACACGAGAUUGCGGAAGUCUUCUCUGCAGACGAUAUGGCGAAGCACUUCAUCCGCGCAUUCAGCGGCAUCAUCAUGAGCGAAGGCGAAAUCAUCGUGUUCGAGUAUCACGGCCAGAACCUCAAGGGGACAAUUCGCGGACUCAGCACGCUCGAUCUCGCGGAUGAGCAGAAGCGGGGCGGCGGCGGACGUGGUGGAAUGCACGGUGUCGGCAUUGUCAUGGAGAAGACGGACAUCACGCUCGUGAAGGCGGCUGACAGUGCCAUAAAGAUCAAGUCGAGCGCGAAGAAAGCACCGCCCAACGCCAUCCUUGCGCCCAACUUCAAGUUCGAGGAUAUGGGUAUCGGUGGUUUGGACACCGAGUUCAGCGAGAUCUUCCGUCGUGCUUUCGCCUCCCGUGUGUUCCCUCCUGGAUUGGUAGACAAGCUCGGCAUCCAGCACGUCAAGGGUCUCCUCCUCCACGGACCUCCGGGUACCGGAAAGACGCUCAUUGCCCGCCAAAUCGGCAAGAUGCUGAAUGCUAGGGAACCCAAGAUCGUCAAUGGUCCCGAAAUUCUGAGCAAGUUCGUUGGUGCCUCUGAGGAGAACAUCCGGAAGCUCUUCGCGGAGGCGGAGAAGGAGUAUAAGGAGAAGGGCGACGAGAGUGGCCUGCACAUCAUUAUCUUCGAUGAGCUGGACGCUAUCUUCAAGCAGCGUGGCUCGACAAACAACGGUACCGGUGUCGGCGACACCGUGGUCAACCAGCUUCUCUCGAAGAUGGACGGUGUAGACCAGCUCAACAACAUCCUCAUCAUCGGUAUGACCAACCGCAAGGACAUGAUCGACGAGGCCCUCCUCCGUCCCGGCCGUCUCGAGGUCCACAUGGAAAUCUCACUCCCCGACGAACACGGCCGCCUGCAAAUCCUCAACAUCCAUACCUCCAAGAUGCGCCAUAACGGCGUCAUGGAUGACGAUGUGAACCUCGAGGAGCUCGCCGCGCUCACGAAGAACUUCAGCGGUGCCGAGAUUGGCGGUCUCAUCAAGAGCGCGACGUCCUUCGCGUUCAACCGGCACGUGAAGGUGGGCACGGUGGCGGGCAUUUCAGACGAUGUGGAGAACUUGCGCGUGAACCGGGGCGACUUCAUGAAUGCGCUGGAGGAGGUGCACCCGGCGUUCGGUGUCAGUGAGGAGGAGUUGGCGCAGGUUAUCCAGAAUGGGAUCAUCCAUUACGAUACCUCAGUCGAUGAAAUGCUGCACGCCGGUCAGCUCUUCGUGGAACAAGUCCGGACCUCCUCCCGGACACCACUUGUCAGCAUCUUGCUGCACGGCCCACCAGGCGCCGGAAAGACUGCAUUGGGCGCGAGCAUCGCACAAGCAUCGCAAUUCCCCUUCAUCAAGCUCAUCUCGCCGGACAACAUGGUUGGCUUCUCAGAAAGCCAAAAGGUGUCUGCGAUCAACAAGGUCUUCGCGGAUAGCUACAAGAGUCCACUGAGCGUCGUUGUCGUCGACAACAUCGAGCGCUUGAUUGAUUGGACGCCGAUGGGAGCACGCUUCUCCAACUCUGUACUGCAGGCGCUGCUUGUGUUGCUGGGCAGGCGACCGCCCAAGGGCCGUCGCCUUCUUGUCAUCGCCACCACAUCUGUCCGCCCAAUCCUCACCGACCUUGGCCUUUCCGAAGUCUUCGACUCUGAGUUGCGCAUCGCCCCCAUCUCAACGCUCUCGGCGCUCGAGCGUGUGCUCAAGGAGGUCGAGCUCUUUCCCUCGAGCGAGGCGCGGCGCUCGGCGAUGCGUAUGCUCGAGAAUGCGGGCUUCGGGCACGACCAGGAGUCGUCGCGGCUGCAGAUUGGGAUUAAGAAGCUGCUGAGCAUGAUAGAGAUGGCGCGGCAGGAGCCCGACAGCAUUGCGGAGCGUCUGACGGGUGCGCUGAUGGGGCUGUAG